AUGAGUAUCCAAAUUUUCCUUUCCAGACGGACCAGAAUAUAUCGGACUCAUGUUGUCGGACCAGGAUGCCUUGACCACUUCUGUUUGAAGGAGCUUCUACUUGCCGUUGUUGAGACCGUUUUGAAACUGGCUAACUCUGGUCUCGAAAUGGCCCGUGCACGUUCUAGACGAGCUCAAACUGUGUGUCGUCGACGGAACCGGUACAGCUUUGGAAGGUCCGACUGUCGCGGUGCUUCUGCGACCUAUUCGACUGGGUUCAAGGUGAAGGCGUGUAGAUGCCAUUUUGGCGGAGGUUGUUCACAUUUUCGUGGGGAAUUCGGCACGAAUCGGCCGGGCGCUUCGGCUCGAGAGGGGAGUGCAGGCUGA